UAUAAAUAAGAGACCUCGCCGGAGAGCCCUCAUCACUCACUUGUCCCUUCCCUUCGAUAAAUAUAUAUCAUUAAAGAUAUCGAAAGAGUCAUUACUUCCCUCCCUUUGUUAAAUAUACCAUUAAGUUUUUGCGUGAGAGAGAGAUGGAGAUGAUGAGAGGCUCCCAGUCAGGGACGGAAAGAGCAAUUUCGUCCGCUCAGGGAGGCGGCGGUGGCAGCGGAAGCAACCGCAUAGCGGCUAUUAAUGUCGAUACCUCCUCGACCCCUACCGGCCCAGUCGUCUCCAUCAAUGACCACAAUAAACACUUCGAUAAGGACACGGAUCAUCAGAAACCGGGAUGGAGGAAAUUCCUAUCAUUCGUGGGGCCGGGUUUCUUGGUCUCCCUGGCCUACCUUGACCCCGGCAACUUGGAGACUGAUUUACAGGCUGGAGCUAAUCAUGGAUAUGAGCUGCUGUGGGUGAUAUUGAUCGGGUUGAUAUUUGCUCUAAUUAUCCAGUCACUGGCUGCAAAUCUCGGCGUAAGCACCGGGAAGCACCUAUCGGAGCUAUGCAAGGCAGAGUACCCGAAAUUUGUGAAGUAUUGCCUGUGGCUGCUUGCAGAAGUUGCAGUCAUUGCUGCAGAUAUUCCUGAAGUGAUCGGGACAGCAUUCGCAUUGAACAUAUUGUUUAACAUUCCGGUGUGGACCGGAGUUCUUAUAACCGGUUUCAGCACGCUCUUGCUUCUCGGGCUCCAAAGAUACGGAGUGAGGAAGCUAGAGCUGUUAAUAGCAGUGCUGGUGUUUAUCAUGGCUGCAUGUUUCUUUGGGGAGAUGAGCUACGUGAAGCCGCCGGCAUCUGACGUCUUGAAGGGCAUGUUCAUACCUAAGCUCAAUGGCCAGGGCGCCACCGGCGAUGCCAUCGCCCUUCUCGGUGCACUCGUUAUGCCGCACAACCUAUUUCUUCACUCGGCUCUGGUUUUGUCCAGGAAAGUACCGAAAUCCGUCCGGGGCAUCAAUGAUGCGUGCCGGUUCUUUCUGAUAGAGAGCGGGUUUGCACUGCUGGUGGCGUUUUUAAUUAAUGUGGCAGUGAUCUCAGUAUCAGGCGCAGUCUGCUCAGCCAAGAAUUUGUUGAGUGAGGAUGAGAGUCGCUGCAGCGAUCUCACCCUCAAUUCGGCAUCUUUCCUCCUUCAGAACGUGCUGGGACGAUCAAGCUCGACUAUAUAUGCAAUUGCAUUGCUAGCAUCAGGGCAAAGUUCGACCAUCACAGGCACUUACGCUGGACAAUACAUAAUGCAGGGGUUUUUGGAUCUGAAGAUGAAGAAAUGGACACGGAACCUAAUGACUCGGAUGAUCGCAAUCACGCCUAGCCUUAUAGUCUCCAUCAUUGGCGGAUCUUCAGGUGCUGGAAGGCUCAUCAUCAUUGCAUCGAUGAUUCUGUCUUUCGAGCUCCCAUUUGCUCUUAUCCCACUCCUUAAAUUUAGCAGCAGCAAGACAAAGAUGGGCCCCCACGUCAACUCCAUAUUUAUCAUCGUGUUCUCAUGGAUCCUGGGGCUGGCAAUCAUCGGAAUCAACAUCUACUACCUCAGUACAGGGUUUGUGGACUGGCUCAUCCACAACAGCUUACCCAAGGUCGCCAACAUCUUCGUGGGCAUCAUCGUGUUCCCCAUCAUGGCAAUUUACAUCCUCUCGGUCAUUUACUUGACAUUUCGUCGCGACAAGGUGGUCACGUUCAUUGAACCGGUGAAUCACAACUCAGCCGUCCAGGCCCAGAUGGAAGACGGUGUUGGCGUCGUGGGCUCGGACAAAGUCCAUUACCGGGAGGAUUUGGCCGAUAUUCCGUUACCGCAAUAGGAAGAGCACCGCAGGCCUUCAUUAUACCAUUCACCUUAGCACUUCACAAGUUGAAUUUUUCAGAUAAGCAUGAUUCCAUUCUAAAGGAAAUUCUACCUAUCACUGUUAAGGCAUUGCAAUGUCUUUCUAGUCCAUCACUACUUAUGUUUGUAAGUUUCUUGCCUUGUUUCUGUGAAUUAAGGGAAGUGAGAGGCUUCGGAUCGA